CCAAUUGCAGUGCUCACCCUCAGAGCCUUCCGGGCUUAUCAACCAUCGUCUCGAUCAGCAAUCGAAUACUCGAAUACACGGCCUGAAGCCUUACUUCGUACGUCCGCACCCCUCCACGCUCUGGAGAAGCUCCUAGACUUUCACUUCGACAGCUUCGUCUGAAGCCUGCUCCGGGCACUAGUCAGCUAGUGGUAUGGCUGCCUAGCAGCGAGAAAUCAUACGACCAGAGCUCCUCUGAGAGCAAUCAGCUUGCGUUGCUGACCGCGCUCAGAGAACUCUCAGUCUGUCGAAUCCUCGCCCCGGCCUCUCCCCCUCCGGGUCCGCUAUCGGCGUACACAAUGGCGAAUUCCUCGAGCGGAGAUUGCGUUCAGCGGCAAGGGACCGAUUUCCAAUGCAUGCCUCUCGAGCUCACCACAAUGAUCGUCGAGCAGCUGGAAGAGUUCGACCUAGCCUCUCAGUCGCAUUCAAGCUUCAUAGAAAUGCCGACCGAUAGGCUAGUCCUAGCACGGCACUGGCCUGCCCGGGAGGAUGUAAUGUGGGUUACCUUCACCAACGCUUCACGAAGCAACAUUUACAACGCCCGGUCUGCUUCACGGAGAUUAUACGCUGCUUCCUUCAAGAGCUUCGCAAAGCUUUUGGGCGAUCGUCGCUUCCGCCUCACUAAACCCAACAUGGGCGAUUUGAAAGACAUAAGCCGAGCAGGAUUCCUUCGUCCCUACGUUCAAACUCUCACCUUCGGGACUGCGACUUUCCUUCCACCGGACCACAAGAUCCUUCACGACUGCCUCCAAGGGCUGAAGCAGCGAGAUCGUGAUCGACUGGUUGCCUCCUACAAUAAGUGCGCUACGUGGCAACAGACCCAUAUGCCUGACUUGCCUGCGAGCCUUGCAGCGGUACUUGGCGUAUUUCCGCAGUUGGACACCAUCCGUAUUGCGGUAUUUGACUUCCCGGCCGAGCUUGCGGGAUGGUUGGGACCUGGCGACCAGGACAUCGUUCACGCCGACUUCAGCUCUCUCCACAGGAACGAAUAUCGAGGCGAUACCUCCCGGCUCUACCGGUCCGGUACACCGAAGGUUCUCCCUUGUAUCUACAAAGCUCUAGGUCUAACCAACCUCAAUCUCAAGAGCAUCAGCAUUUCGGAUAGCACCUAUUUGUACGUGAAUCCAAGGCCUAUCAUGCAAUUCUCAGCUCUCCGGACUCUACGCAUAUCAAUGCUCCGGCAGUACAUCCUGCCUAGCGGAGGGGUUCCUUCACCAAUUAUACAGAUCCUUGCAACAAUGUCAGAGUUAGAAGACUUGGUUCUGAUAACUCCAGGAGGUGGAAGUGACUAUAUGGAGUCCGUUAACCUGGGCGUGCCGAUUCGGUCGUCAAUGUUAAAGAAGAUCUCUCGGGUCUCGGAAGAAGUCUUCAAUUCUCUCCGCUACCACAGGAAACUCCGACGCAUUGAAUUAUCGGAGGCCUGGGCAUUCACGGAAGCCGACUUGACGACAUUUAUUACGACCCAUUCGGACGCCCUCCAGUGUCUGAUCCUCCGAUAUCCGCUAUUGACUGCCGGGUCAUGGCAUUCGGUGCUCUCGAAUAUCGCCGGUACUACGGACAACAAGUUGGAGUUCCUCAGCAUUCGGUGGCCUUUCGAGCAGGAUGUCGCCGAUGGCCGACUUUUGUCUGUCGAUAUCCCCCCGGAGAAGCUUUCAGCACGCACAUAUCCUGUGAACUUUCAAUCUCUCAGUAUACAUGGCGGGACGGCAAAAUGAGCCGCAUCUGAGUCUCUCCGCUUGGGGGCAGGCGCUUAGCGGCUUUUAGAGGAAUUAUGUCAAGGCAGGUUUGUGAGACAGGGAAGAAUGGGUUUUCCAGUGUGUGUUUUGGAUUGGUCUGAGCCUUCAAUUGGUGUUUUCGGGGGUUUGUGUCCAUCAGAGCUCAAACCUUAGAGCUCGAGGGACUACAUGGGAUAUCGGGUGCUUUAAUGUGAAUGAAAGCUUCCUUCUGGGCAGGGGGGUGACGCAUGUCAACCGAGGGGAUAAGGUAGAUAUGGCUAACAAAAACUGUAUAUCAAACAAC